UAACAAACAUUUAUUUUAGGUCAAGAUGUAGCAUAACCAGGAGUAAAGGCUAAACUGUGACGUGCAUGUCAGCCUUUUAGACCACCCCAUUUUACAACCCACCCCUCUCACUUCACCUCAUAAUGUCAGAUUUACUAGGCUCCAUCCUGGACAAUAUGAAACCACCUCCGUCAACAGCGAAUAAAGACUCCAUCAAACGAAGGAAAGAGUUGAAACGAAAGAUGGAAGAAGAUAACAAGAAGCGAUCAGACCGAGUGAAGGAAAUCGAGAAGGAGGUAGAGAAGUUUGCUUCGGGGACGGAAAAAGAAUUGAGUUUUGCGCCAGUCGAAAAAGAGUGGCGUGCCAUACAGCACGAGAUAGCAGAGAUAGCGGGAGUGAUAUCAGUGAGUUGUUACAACGGUCAGAGCACUGAGAAACACGUGGUUUUGUUUAGAAGAGACAGCUGUCCUGGUGAGGAGGAACUGAAAAAGAGGCGGCUAGGUGAGAUGUACAUAGAAGGAUUCACCAAAUCACGACAACAGUGCAGUCCUUCUAAACGUCCCCAGAGAAGUUCCAAAACCCCAGGCUUCGUUCCCUCACGGAAUUACCAAGACAAGUAUAAGAAUAUACUAAACACUUCAGAAGUCACCGGUGAUAGCAGACAGUUUCAUGGUUUAGUGCCAGUGCAUAUGUUGUGCUCAGAGCCUAAGUCUAUCGAGGAUUCUCUCAAUGAAAUCAGGGAGAAAAAGAGACUCAAAAGAGAACACAGUUCCGGAAAUUCCGAAGAGUCGGAUGAUAAAUGAACCGUUUAUUUAAAUGGCAUUUUAUUGCAGAUAUUUAUACCGUUAGAUCGGGUACUCGUUACCUUUCUCUGUCUGUGUUAAUUUAAACCUCAUAUCAUUUAUGUUGUCUGUUCUGGGAAACAAACCGUUUUAAUGGAACCUGGGUGCCAAAUCUAUCCCGGUGGAAGUAGAUAUUUAUCAUAUUAUUUAUAAACUAUAAUAUAUUUUAUACGUAUUUCAAAUGAUUUUUCAUUCGGCCACCAUUCUGAAUCAUUUUAUUUGUUCAAUCAGUUUAAUCCUAUGAUGCCAAUUUAAAGAAUUUGUUUAAAUAUAUCGAUGAGAUACUUAAGAGUGUAACUGUAAAUAAGUUGUUUCUUUUAGACGUUUAAUCAUGAUGUCGUAUUGUGCCCUGAUUUAUUUUUCAUUUCUUGUUUUCCAUGGAAA